UAUAUAUUCCUCAUUUUGAUACUUAUAGAUACCAAAUGCCAGCCAAAAAAAGGAACUAACUCAAAAUUUUAUCUCGAUAUACCACCAGAAACACCGGCAUUUUUAUGCGAAAGAAUUGGCGUUGAUAUUGAUAUUAAAAAAAUGGCCGAUAUGACAGUAGAUGAUAUGAUACAAAAACAAAAUGUUCUAUAUAUAUCUAGAGGCCAAUUAAAGAAACAUACUAGUACAGUGGUUAACAUUAGUUUAAAUAUCCGUUAUAUAAGUCAGCAAGUAAACAUGCCUCUUCUCAGAUUAUUACAUCAGAUAAGUAACAUGUAUCAAAAUGUUAAAGAGACACAGAUGGAGUUAAAAGAGCAACAACCUGAAGGAAAACGUAAUACUAACUUAAUCGUUAAUGACAACGUCGCAAAAAAUGGUUCAUCAUCCACAUCCGAUUUACAAGAACAGUUUCUUACUGGCGGCAAGAAGACCGAAGCACCGUUGCUUCAUAGCAGUUUUGAACCAAAUCAAUCGAAAAUGCUAUCAAGUACAACUGUACGGUCUCGGCCGCAAAGUUUCGCACAAAAGUUACGAAGUACUGGCAAAAGUGUAAAGGGUUAUAUUAAUUUAAGCGAAGGCGUUAUUACGCCCAGUUUCGGAGCAAGUCCUAGCGGAUCUGGUUUAGAUAAAUUCACGGAUACGUGUAAAGAUAGUGCACACUUAACGCCACGAUGCUGGAAAACUAUAUACUAUCUUCUGGAUUUAUAUGCAACUCGCCCAGAAACUAAAACUAUUACUCAUCGAUUUUCGAUACCCGCAGAUGCGGCGGAACAUUAUAAAAGUGGAAGAAAAUAUGAAAUUUUGAAUGAAACCAAGGAUGUUGAUAUUGAAAAAGGAUUGAACGCGGAGAAUAGUUCAACGCCAAUCCCUCCAUCGAGAGAAUUAAAUAUUGUAACGGGUGAAAGAACCAGACUAAUUAUUUUUGGCGUCGCACGAAUUCAUAGAACCAGAUUAUUAGCUACUUUGAGUGGCUUAAAACUUGAGGCAGAAAUUACUAGUUUACACGCUAGUCUAACUUGCCGCAAGAAAUCGCGACCUGCAAGUUUAGAAUGUAGCAUGACUGGACAAAUUGGUAGAACUAUGAUUGUCUUACUGGAAGGGAUUGCUCCCAGUCAACAGACAGUCGUAAAAGUUACCGUUGGUAAAUCACAAGCUUUGUAUUCUAGUAUUACGAGACGUCAAAAAGACAAGAAUAGCGGUUUACUGACUGUCGGCGCUGUAAACAUUGAUAUACCACAGCAUCCCGUAGCCUUGCAUGGGAUGAUGACCAGAGGCAGCAAACAAUUAUCGUCAACACUACAGGAAUUAAGAGUUACUAGAACAUCAUCGAGAAUGUCGCGAGGCCAACAACAAGACGAUGUAGACACUGUUCCGGGCAGUCCGCAUCAUUACGCUCCAGCUCCUUCGAUUGACGUAGAAAAGCCACAGGCCGUGUCUGGUCUUUUAGAACCUAUCGUUAUGCAGUUCCACAUAAUACUUCAAAGUCUAAGUAUAACCGCGGCAUUGUUACCGUCUCUGCAAGCACAAUAUAAGAUGGAUCAAGUGAAUAGUUCCGGUAUAACAGGCAGCAAGGCUAAGUUUACUAUAGAUUUGCCUCAUCAUAAUCUAAGUUUCACGACGAAAUUGCAAGUGACGGAAGCAAAUUUACCAUCUGAAGCAAGUAUCGAACUACCUAAAGUGCACGUUUCAGCCGAGUACAUUCAAGAUGGAAGCAGCAAUUUGAAUGAUAGCAAAUUAGCAGAUGGUGUCGUAUUAAGACAAGGUAGUUAUUUGAGUGCAACUGCAGAUAUUGGAGUAUUUGAGCAUUCAUUAACGACGGAUCUUUUAAAUCAUUUAGUAUUUGUACAAAAAGUAUUUAUGAAAGAAGUAAACGAGGUAGUACAGAAAGUCUACGGAGGGGAAAAGCCAGUGCCUUUGUGGCUCGAAGAUGACGAAUCAACCAAUUCUACUUUGAAACGAAUUUUAUUCUCGCUGAUUAUACGUAUCAAGAGAAUUCAAUUGACUGCAACAACUCCAACUAAUUCGGCAGUGCGAUUAGAAACCGGCGCGGUAGAAUUUCAAUUAUCUAACAGAGUGCAAAAUGUUUCUGGAGCUACUCAACCUAAUCCCUAUAUGAAAUUAUUUGGCAAAGCGCAAGUUGAUAUUAAUUUAAGUUUAGGACAAUUACUAAAGAAUAUAUUGUUUGAAGAAGCAGAGCCCGAAUUUCAGCAGUUUGCUUUCUUCAAUACUAGAAUAGGACUACGAAAUGCAUUUCAAGAGGAAAUGGCUCAGGGUGAAGACAAGGAAGUAGUUUUAAUUACUCUUAAACGUCCACUAAUUUAUAUACAACCGAUAGCUAUCGAUAAAGCCAUACUCGUUUGGUUAAAUUACAAAAACGCAUAUGAAUACUGGAAUGAAAAGCGAUCUAAUUUGAAUAAAGAGGUAUUAACUGCCACUCAGCAAGUAUUUGAAAAAGUUCCAUUUGGGCAAUUAACGAGUCAACUCAGCGCACCUCAUCUUGGAACAUUAUUUUUGCAAUUAACAGUUGAUGAUAUGGGCAUAUGUCUGCCGCUUAAUCCCUUGCCACCGAAUAAUUGGAGAUUAAACAGAGGCCUUUAUGAUGGAGAAUCGCGAGGGGCUGUUGUAGUGACACUUGAAAAUACAAGCAUAUCUGCAUGUAGUAGCGGUAGUUUAGUUAGUAAAGGAAGAUUUGUAGGGUUAUGCUUGAGAUUUGCAGAAGACUUUGAAACUUCUUUGGACGAUUGGAAACCAGAUAUGACUGAUAGUAAUAUAAUGAAUUUAUGCGUUGUAUCAGAAGGCACGUACGAAGUAUGUAGUAGAACUAUCGCACAAAAACAAGAUAAAUCUGAUAACGCUAAAUGGAUCUUGAACGUUCAAUGGCAAAUGGAAGGAGUUGAUAUUCAUCUUGAUGUCAAUGUAGGACAACAAUUAUCAGCUCUUGGGCAUACAUUAACAAUGUUAACUGGUUCUGAAGAAGAGGAUGAUAUUUACAUUCCUCCAGAUUAUGACAGUGAUGAUGGUGAUCAACCAGAAAAUAGCACUAGCCAGGAAAGCAUAUUAAUGAAAAAAUCGAAAAAUUGGACGGACAGUCUUCCGGCAUUUAUCUUCGAUCCUACACUUGAUGCAAAAAAGAGAUCACAACUAAUAGAAAAAGAGAUGAACGAACAAGCUAAAAUUAUAAAUGAUUUGCGAUCAUUGGGCGCAUCACAUGGAACAAUUGAACAGGAAAUGAAACGUCUGCAUGAAUUGGAAGCGAUGGUAUUCAAAGAUUUUAGAAGAGAUAUGAUUCAAAAACUAAGAAGACAAUCUGUAAAAGCUUCUGGUAUUAAGGGUAAAUUAGGUCUUGGUAGCAAAACGAAUACAUAUCGUUCAAGAUCCUUUAUUGUGCCCUCACCCACACCAGAACAUCAUUUAGAAAGCCCAGAAGAUAUGAAUACUGAAAUUAAUUCGGCAAAUUCAGCUAGUUAUGAAAGCAGUCCUAGAAGCGGUCCUAGUCGAUCAGCUUCCUUGCGAGUAAGAGGACUUAGUGGACCACGAGUCACUUUUAGUGAUACCCAUACGAUGUGCAGGCAAUCAUCUCUACCCAGCGCUAGUUCUGAUUUGAGUUUACCAGAGGGAGAAUUAGAAUGGCCAGAAGCUAUCGAGAUAGAAGGAGAACGAGUUGAAUAGAAAAAAAAUAAAGAUAUUAGUUGUACAUCUAGUUACGAUAGCAUGGAGGGACAUGCACCAUUACUUGAUUCAUUUGGAAAAGAACAAGCUUCAUCAACAUCUUCACCAUUUAUUACAGCUCAAAAAACUCAAGAGCCUAAUAUAGAUUUUGAACUCGAUGUCAAAGUUUUAAUUAAUAGCGGAAAGUGCGUAUUACAUACAAAAGAUCCAGGAAAAGAAGAUGAAAUUAAACUUUUGAGUAGAAUGAAGAAAGAAAGAUCAUGUUCUGGUGGUACAUUUGAAUUUCAACCUGGCAGUCCCAGUAGCAGUAGGAAACAUUUAAAUAGUAAAGAGAAACCAUCAACAACUAGCACAUCUCGAUUAAAAUAUCUGCAGCAUACAAGUGUGCCUUUGGUAGAUUUAACCAUUUUUCAUAUUCCUGGGUUAGACGUUAAGGUUCAUUACGAAUCUAAAACUCUUCCAGAAGAAUCAUUAUCUCCCCGUGUAUCUGCUGAGAACAAUUUGUUAAAUCCAAUUACAGUGACAGCACUUAGAAAAUCUAGUACUAAAAAAGCUAGUCUUUUUGCUUGGAUGACUCUUCAAAGUAUUCCAGAGGAAACUAUUAUCAGUCCUCAUAUUCUUGAAUUUUUAGAACAAACUCUAGAACCAAUUCCGAGCAAGAAUAACUUUCAGAGUAAUGUGCAAACGAAUGCUGGCUUUCUAUUAGAAAAUACAGAAAAUACAUCAUGGGCUGCCACCGCUGCAAGUAGCAAUUAUGUUUAUGCCAGUUUUCCCGUUGAUGUCAUAGUGUAUUUUCAUAUGCAGCCAUCUACAUUUAGAUUUUCGUGUUUACCAGUUUCAAGAGUAGAAUGUAUGUUGCAAUUACCAUCCCUUGAUAUCAUUUUUUCAUCAAAGCGUGCUGAGGAAGAGUUAAUCGAAUUUCGAGAAUUUAAAUCACAAACAACGAGCAAAGAAAUAGGUUCGGCUAUUGGUGGAUUAUCUGUCACAGGUUGUUUAGCAGAUUUUUCUGUUUAUAUUUUUCAUCCAUAUGGCGGUGGAAAGAAAACAGGACUAAAGGAAGCACAGUGGUCGCCCUUAUCCGAUAGUGAGAGAAAAGAUUCAUUAAGCAUCAAUGUUGAAUUUGUAAAAUUUCAUCUAUCGAGAAGUAGGAAAUUGAACUUUCAAAGUGAACAACUUAAGAAGCUUUCGGAUACUGGUCGUGCAGUCAUACGAUUUUCAACAAUUAUUGAUAUUGGAUCUGCUUCGUUUAAAUACGAUAUGCGUCGAUUAACAGAAAUUCUGGCAUUUCCGAAGGCUUGGUAUCGGCGUAGCAUCGUGAGACGCUUAUUUUUAGGAGAUUUAAGUUCAGGCACCGCAUAUCCCGAAGAGGAUGGGAACAUUCCAUCAAAUCAGGAAGAAGCGGUUAUGGGAAGUUCCUUGUUGAAGCAUUACGACAGACACGCAUGUGAUUCAUUGUCAAAAAGCGCACCUGAAAGAAGUCCAAUAUUAAACAGAGAAAAAUUAAAAUUAAGCUUGGAAAGUGAUAUGCCAAGACCCACCCGAUUAAAAGAUAUUGGAAGAGGCUGGAGUUUUACUACCGAUAAACAAGUGUCUGAAAUCAAAUUAAGAGAAUCUGCGUGGGAAACAUUGGUAUUAUUCGCAGUGAAUUUUACGCGUCUAAACGUGCAUAUGAAUAUGGGUAAUGUAAUGGGCAAUGUUAGCUGGAUGACAAAAGAUUUCAGAUCAGACGGGAGACUGUCUAUUGGCAGCACAGGACAUAAAAAUUUGUACAUAGGUAUUGGUUUAGGAGGGUCGAGUUUAGAUGCGAAAGGUGGUAUAGUCGGUGGAACAAUUGAAUUAAGUAGAAUUGAUACUUAUAUACACAUUCGCGAAGAACCAGGAAUAGAACCUGAUCACACAGUAGGAUUGAAAUUAUUUGCGUUGGAAUUACGAUUGGAUUAUAUGGGAACAAGUGUACUAAUGUCUCGAGUGUCUUCGUUAGAUGUUACUCUUAGAGACGAAUGGAAGAUUAAUCGUAGCAGCAGUGGUGAUGCUUUUAUGCCAACCCGAAGGCCCGCUAUCAUUUUUAUGCAUGGUGAUUUGGGUUGGGAUCAAUUACAAAUUAUGAUUAGUAAGUCAACAACAGCCGAUUUACUGAAAAUGUUUUACAAACUGGAUGAGUUUUUCAGUCAACAAUUUAAAAGUAGCAAACGAGUAUUUAGCUCGUUACAACCAAAGCAUCAAAGAAUGAACAAUAGUAGUAUCAAGAAAAGACAACAAAAGAAAAAAUCUGCUAUUGAUGGAGGUCCAUGGAGUUUAAAUCAGACUGCGAUAUCAGAUGCUAGACAUCAUAGACAUUGGCAAAGAGUAUUGGCCCAAGUGGCUGGUCUUCAAUUAGGAAGCCUAAGAUUUUCUUUGCCAUCAACUGGCACCGUUCUUGGUGGUACAAUGGAGCUUCACGGCUGUAAUAUUAGUUUAGCGUGUUUCCACGGAAUUAAUUUUAAAAGUAAAAGUUGGGCUUUGUUUUCGUUAAAAGAGCCCUGUAUAAGUUUCGCUACAGAAGCUCAAGAAAUCCCAAGUGUUGAAACGCCCAACACGUAUGACGUUCAUGUUGUACAGACAUUAACCAUCAGUCUGGGGCACCAGCAAGAACAACACGCGAGACAUCAUUCCAUGGCAACCGUAUGUAGAUUAAGUCGAAGUGUUUUAUUUCCACCGCAAUUUAAAUCUUUACAAGAAUGGUUUCAUUAUGCAUUUGCUAGUAGUGAAAUCGAUGCGGUAGAUAGAUUUCCAUGUGUCGAGAGAGAUAGAAUAGAAAAUACAUCUGAUGGUAGUAAUACAUCGCGCGGAAGGAGCACAUCCGCAACAUCUGGCAAGUUGCAAGAACAUUCGCACACGCGAGAAGUGAUAUUCGCUUUGCCCUCGUUGCAGCUGCAUCUAAAAACUGAACAUUUACAAACAGCCAGAACACCUGAUGUCAUAGGAUUACCUAAGCAUAUCUUAUAUAGCGAAAAACCAUUAGUCGAAUGCAGCUUUAUAACAGAAUUUGAAGAUCACAUAUUUGUCACCGUUGAUGCCGAAGCCUUUUUCUUUCUACAUGAUCUUAUCACGUCAUAUGUAAAAGAAAAAGAAAGAGUGCACACAAUGCAAAACAUGGGUGCAAGAGCACACAGUCCUGAUCCACAAGAAAGGAAAAAUAUAAAUGCAGUUAAUAUAUCUAGCGCAGGUACUGUUUCUGAAGAUGAGAAAAAACGUAAGCAGUUUGACCCGGCUGAAAUGUUUAUAAAAGACUGGCGAUCAUAUAGAUGUAAAACAUGGCACUUAGAACCGACAGUCAGAUUACUAUCAUGGGCCGGCAAAAGUAUAGAACCUUAUGGAAUCGAUUAUAUCCUUCAAAAAUUGGGAUUUUCUCAUGCACGCACGACGAUACCAAAAUGGAUACAACGAGGAUUUAUGGACCCUUUAGACAAAUUACUCGCUGUUCUUAUGUUAAGAAUGGUAUUAGCCGUUCGUGAAGAACCAUUGGAUGAACAAAAAGAACAUAAAAGAGAAAAAUAAUAUCGAAUCAACUUUUUUUAACAAUAUACAUAUGAUCUCGUGAUAUAUAUUACAGCAGUGCAAUAAUUGGUAAGAAAGACAUAAUACACAUCAGUGUUACUUAAGAUGCGUUAACAUUUAUGCGUAAAGUAACAAGCCUAUGUAUAAAUUUUUUUAUCAUUUGUUUAAAGUAAUUAGAUUUUAAAGUAGCUAAUAUUAGUAAUAAUUGCAAGAAGAAGAACCAUAAUGGUUGAUAAUAAUCGUUCUUAAUAAAGAACUAUGAAACUUACGUUUACAAAACUGACGUCCAAAUAUAUGUGCUGCAACGUGUGUGUGUGUGUGUGUGUGUGUGUGUGUGUGUGUGUGUGU